GCCGGGUUCGGGCCGCGCCCCCAGUUCCCGCGUUGCUCGGUGUAGACGAGACGUUUCCCAGCGCGGCGGAACCCUAGAGAAACGAUAGCCGCUUUCUCUGCCUCACACACCGGCGCCUUAGCGAACGGAAGGAACCGCGCGUUCCCGCCUUCCACUCAGAGCGAAAGGAGUCGGGGGCGCGCACGUACCCACCCAGCGCCGCUCCCGCGCACGCACCGCCAGGACCGCUCCCCCGUCCCAGGGCCGCCGAUGAGGCAGGAGUGAGCCAGGGCGAGUGUGUGUAAGAUGGCGGACUUCCUGCCGUCCCGCUCCGUGCUGUCCGUGUGCUUCCCCAACUGUGUGCUCACCAGCCGGGAGGCCGAGCAGCAGCGCAAGUCCAAGGAGAUCGAUCGCUGCCUCUCCCGGGAGAAAACCUACGUCAAGCGCCUGGUGAAGAUCCUGCUGCUGGGGGCCGGGGAGAGCGGCAAGUCCACCUUCCUCAAGCAGAUGCGCAUCAUCCACGGGCAGGACUUCGACCUGCGGGCCAAGGAGGAGUUCCGGGCAACCAUCUACAGCAACGUCAUCAAAGGGAUCCGAGUACUGGUGGACGCGCGGGAGAAACUGCACAUUCCAUGGGGCGACCCGGCCAAUCAGAAGCACGGAGAAGUGAUGAUGGCAUUUGACACGCGGUCGGCCAUGGUGGCCCAGGGCAUGGUGGAAACGCAAGUCUUCGUGUCUCACCUGCUAUCCAUCCGGUCCCUGUGGGCCGACACCGGCAUACAGACGGCUUACGACCGGCGCCGAGAAUUCCAGUUGGGGGAGUCAGUGAAGUAUUUCUUGGACAAUCUGGACAAGUUGGGCGACAAGGACUAUCUCCCAAGCCAGCAAGACAUCCUGCUAGCCCGGCGGCCCACCAAAGGCAUCCACGAGUACGACUUCGAGAUCAAGAACGUCCCCUUCAAGAUGGUGGACGUGGGCGGGCAGCGGUCGGAGCGCAAGCGCUGGUUCGAGUGUUUCGACAGCGUCACCUCCAUCCUGUUCCUGGUGUCGUCGAGCGAAUACGACCAAGUGCUGAUGGAGGACCGACAGACCAACCGCCUGACCGAGUCGCUCAACAUCUUCGAGACCAUCGUGAACAACCGCGUGUUCAGCAACGUCUCCAUCAUCCUGUUCCUCAACAAGACGGACUUGCUGGAGGAGAAGGUGCGGAUAGUCAGCAUCAAGGACUACUUUGCCGAUUUCGAGGGCGACCCCCACUGCCUGGAGGAUGUGCAGAAGUUCCUGGUAAAUUGCUUCCGGAACAAGCGGCGGGAUCAGCAGCAGAAGCCGCUCUACCACCACUUCACCACCGCCAUAAACACGGAGAACAUUCGCCUGGUUUUCCGCGACGUGAAAGAUACCAUUCUCCACGACAACCUCAAACAGUUGAUGCUGCAGUAACGACUUUUAUCCGGGUUUUUAUUUGCCAUUUUAUAGGCUUUGUUUCCCCUUUUUUUUAAGUUUACAUCAUGAGAGGCAAAUUGCGUUUUAUUUUUUUUUUUUAAUUUGCGGGGCGAGUGCCCUCAGCUUCUAUUGGACGCCUGGCUGAACGCUCCCCUUCUACAUAGUAUUGCCGAAGAGAAGCCUCGCUCUGAGCGACAGAUUCACGCCAUUGCGGCCGUCCUGCACGGCUCCCACCGGCCUCAACGUCGCAGGAAAUGCGCUCACUUCCAUACGGAUGAUUUGAUUUCUUCUCAGUUGCCAACUUGUGGGUCUGAUGCUUCAGCCGCAGGGAUGCGCAGCUACCAGCCCCCUCCCCCGCUGGCAGCUGAAGGGUUAAGAUGCCGGGAGUUGCCAUUGAGCUUCCUAUAACUGCUGUUAGUGCUGUGCCUUUGCCCAGAGAUAAGCACAAAAAAAUUGUUUUUAAAAAAA